GGGGUCAGUGCGCCUGCGCAGUGCGGGCCCGCUGUCACCAUGACACUCUUUCAUUUCGGGAAUUGCUUCGCUCUGGCCUAUUUCCCCUAUUUCAUCACCUACAAGUGCAGCGGCCUGUCAGAGUACAAUGCUUUCUGGCGAUGUGUUCAGGCUGGAGCCACAUACCUGUGUGUACAACUUUGCAAGAUGCUAUUUCUUGCAACAUUUUUUCCCACGUGGGAAGGAGCUGCAGGAUCCUAUGAUUUUAUUGGGGAAUUCAUGAAAGCUACAGUAGAUCUGGCAGAUUUGUUGGGACUGCAUUUAGUAAUGUCUCGAAAUGCAGGAAAAGGAGAAUACAAGAUCAUGGUGGCAGCGAUGGGAUGGGCCACAGCUGAGCUGGUUAUGUCAAGGUGCCUCCCCCUAUGGGUAGGAGCACGUGGGAUUGAAUUUGAUUGGAAAUACAUCCAGAUGAGCAUUGAUUCCAACAUCAGUUUGGUACACUAUAUGGCAGUAGCUGCCCUUGUAUGGAUGUGGACUCGCUAUGAUCUCCCCACUCAUUAUCGGCUUCCUGUUACGGUCCUUCUAGGGCUCAGCAUGUAUAAAGCAUUUUUAAUGGACUGUUUUGUGCACGUUUUCUUGCUGGGAAGCUGGACGUCUCUUCUCCUGAAAGCUGUGGUCACUGGCCUGCUCUCCUUUAGCUGUCUCACUCUCUUUGUGAGUCUAGUCCACAGUAACUGAAGUAACAAUGUCUCAAGUCACCCAUGACGUGUAGAUUUGGUUCAAUCGAUUCCAAUAGGAAGGCAAUUUAAGGCGGAAGGACUGUGUGUCAAUUUUCAUACAAACUUUAUAUAAUAAUAAAAAGUGGACCAUUACUCGUGGAUCCUGUGAUUGUUUAAUAAAAACCCGUUGGAUAGGA